GAAGGAGCUGUUUGAGAAUGAAUUUCUUAAGGAACGUCUGUUGCUGGCUGUUGCUUUUCCAUUGUAUAUGCAUGACGACUGAUGGUAAUGCAAACCCAGUAUCCUAUUCCUGCGUGACAAACGAUUGUUACAAAGCAGCUGAAAGUAUUAAGUCCUAUUUGGAUACGUCUGUGGAUCCUUGUGAUGAUUUCUACCAGUUCGCGUGUGGUGGAUGGAUGAGAAAAAACAUCAUUUUUAAGAACGACUUUUAUACUUCUGUCUUCUCCAAACUUGUAGAUUCGGUCAUAUCAGCAUAUCUUUAUGAGGAGAUGCAGCCCUAUGUGCAGCAAAUUGAGAAUCCUUGUGGUUUUUCCAACCAGUUUGCUUGUGAGGGUUGGAAGAAUAGACCAGCUCUACCUGAAAACACAUUUUAUGUGUCCGUUUUAAACGAGCAGCAGCAGUUCAUCCCCUUCAGAAUCUACAAUAUGCUGCAUAGGGAUUUAACGGGAAAUGAAGCAGCUUUUGUUGAAAAGAUAAAAUCGCAAUUUGACAACUGCAUGUAUGAAGAUAAAAUCGAAACGGAACAACACCGUCCUCUGGUAAAGGUUCUGAGAAAAAUUGUGCAGUGGCCAAUAGUGGAAGGCGAUUACUGGAGUAAUCACACACUAAACUCACAAUCUAGUUGGACUCGCAUUCUGUUUAAACUUCGCAACCUGGGAUACAACCACAACAUUCUCUUUACUGUGUCUGUCAUAAAGGACCCUACGAACAUUUCAUUGAACAUCAUAAAGCUUGACAAGCCAUCAUUUGGAAUAGAUCGUCAAUCUCUACUAAAUGGAAUUAAUGAUAACUCCACAGCUUCUUAUUUAGAACUGAUGAUGAAAGCUGCUCACUUGUUGGAUUUAAAUAAUGGUUCCUCUAUACAGUUUACUGUAAAACAAAACAUAAAAAAAGAAAUGGAAGAUGCGCUGAAUUUUGAAAUCAUGCUCGCGAAUAUUUCUUCCAAAUAUGAGUACCUGCCAUACAGGCGUCAGUCGAAUCAAAGGAUCACAGUUCAAGAUCUUAAUAAUAGGAUGCCGCAGAUCAAUUGGAUUAGGUUCCUCAACAAAAUCCUAGUAGAUCCAGUCAGUGCAAGUGAACCCUUGAUCAUUUUUAAUCUAGACUGCCUGGAAGAGAUCAUUGGACUGAUCAAUAGGACGAACUCAAGAGUGGUGGCCAAUUAUAUGGUGUGGAGAGUCGUCCACCAGUCAUUACCGUUGUUGUCGAGGAACUGGAGGACGUUAGAACACAGAUCAAUAGAGCAUCCCCUUGUCUUCGAUCUUCAAAUUCGAUGGAGAUAUUGCAUCUCCUCGAUUACGGAUAAUUACUUGGGAAUGGCCAUCAGUUCAUAUUACAUAUUAACCUAUUUAGAAAAGACAUACCUGAAUGCCGCUCAAAGUAUGAUUGAAAAUAUUCAUGAAGCAUUCGAAAAUAUGCUAUCAAAUGCAACUUGGAUGGAUGAGGAAACAAAGCAAAGGGCAUUAGUCAAGGCUCGUACUAUAACGUAUCAUAUUGCAUAUAAAGAAGAACUUCUGAAUGUGUCUUAUAUCUUUGACCUAUAUAGAGAUCUAAAUAUUUCAGGUAAUUAUUUUGUCAAUGCAUUGAAAGUUAGAAAAUGGGCAACUGACAUGGACUUAUCUCGGCUUCGUAGACCCGAGAUAAUGGAAGCGCUGGAAAGGCAUGCGAAGGAAAUUCUUGUGAAUCCCACUUAUAAUCAUAAAGAUAAUAGCAUUGUUUUACGAGCAGGAUUAUUUCACCAACCUUUUUUCGACAAAACUCUACCAAAUUACCUGAAUUUUGGAGCUCUCGGCUCCUUGAUUGGUCAUGAGUUAACACAUGCAUUUCUUGGCACAGGUCGACAGUUCGAUGGAAACGGUAACAGUGUCAAUUGGUGGAGUGAUUAUACGGAGAGAAACUUCGAACAGAAAUCUGACUGUUUCAUACAACAGUAUUCAAAGUAUCGAAUGAAUUACACAAGCGGUGGAGAUAAUUCUUAUAUGUUGAUAAAUGGCGCAGAGACACUUGAUGAGAAUAUAGCUGAUGCUGGAGGUCUGAGAGCAGCAUAUUUGGCCUAUCAAUCAUGGGUGGAAAAUAAUACAAAUGAGCCGAAGCUAGCAGAUCUGAUAUACACCCCAAAACAACUGUUCUGGAUAAGUGCAGCUAACGCAAGAUGCGAGAAUGCAGAUGGACUAUUCUAUGCUACCAGGUAUACUUGUAAUUCACACAUCCCGCAGCAAUUUAGAGUGAUAGGAUCAAUGUCUAACUUUCCAGAGUUUGUUCAAGAUUUUAACUGCUCAUCAGACAGGGCAAUGAAUCGGAAAAAUAAAUGUAAAAUUUGGUAGAAAGCGAAAGAAACAAUUCAAAUAAAAUUUUAUUGUAAUAUUAAUUACGUUAUCUUACCAUUAUUACUGGUGAUGGUUUGAAUUAAAUAAUAUGAACUUCUCAGCUGAUUUACAGCCUGAGCAAUCUUACAUCUGAAAUAAAAUAUAUUUAUCUAC